AUGUCUUCUGACUCUUCAUCCGGUGUGCCAUCGUUAAAUCCUUUUGAGAUGGUAAAAUCAAGCUGCCAACGAGUAGCUUCCAUCGAAACGACUCAUGUCAAAUUCAGCACGGAAGGUGCUAUUAAAUUUAUUGAACAAUAUUUAAUUCCAAAUUUGCAAAGUAUUAAAGAAAAGGCUUGUAAGAAAGGUGCUCUUCCUUUCCAAUUUGAUUCUGUGGAUCAUGAAGCUAAUUAUCGUUGCUUGUAUGGAUUACUACAAUUUGGAUCGGGAUUUAGAAAAUUAUUACACGAGAAAUUAUCAAGAGGAGCAAGUGAAACUAUUGAAAGAGGUCUUAUUAAUUGUUUUCUAUCGGAAAAUGUUGCCAUUUCAUCCCUGGGUGUUGAUAUGAUGGACAAAGUGUCUGAUAAUUAUUUCGCACUGGAACAAUACUUUCAAGUACCAGCUAAAGAAGAAGCUCCUCACGAGAAAUAUCCAUUAAUUAAGGUGCAGAAAGAUAGUUCAUUGAAACCAUUUGCCGAGAAUUUGAAGAUGGUACUGAGCGAAACUUCGAGAAAAUUGAGAGAACGAUCCUCUGACUCGUUUGCCACAUUUAUGAGAAAAGUCAUUGCAGAGUAUGAAAGAAAGAAGCAACACGAGGAGAAAUAUAGUGAUGUUAGAGGGAUUGGAAAAGCUGCUUUUGUGGUAAAUGAAUUGGUGAAAGUAUUCCCUUUUGCACUUGAUGACAGUGCACUCUAUGAGAAUGUCAAUCACGAAAAAUUCAAAGUCUAUCUCUAUAAGAAAGCACAAUUAAUUGUCGCUGAAUUACAUAUCCAUUUACACGAAGAGGACCCAACAUUUUUCUUCCCAGAUAUUCAUGAAAUGACAAUUUUUGUUGACAAUGUUAUUCCUGCAACGCUGAUAAAAUCAGGAGUUUUAGAAAUCGAUGAAGAAGUGAGAUUGAAAAUUCAAAAUGGAAAACCAUUCAAGUAUGGAAGCAAACCAGAAGUUGAGUUACGAGCUCUUGCUGUUCAUGCAUCAGAAGAAAUUCUUCGAAUCGCCAAUAGCGAACCCUACAAUGCAGGUAUCAAUAGUUUACAUUUGGACUAUUAUUUGUGGGGCGAGUUGGGUAAACAGGAAGAAUUUAGAAAGUUUGAACGACAUUCCACUCCUGACACUGUUUUUUAUUGA